AUGUUAUCGGGUUUUGAUUUUUGGUUCGUCUCACAGAUCCAGUAUGGCGAAGAGAGGCCGACCUUUAAAAGCCAACCAACCCAGGCUGCAGCAGCGAAGCAGCCUAGAUUGGACAUUGACGAAGCGGUCGAUGAUGUCAUUCCAAUUGCGAUUGUGCAUAUAUUCCGGGAGAGAUUGGCUGAGCAAAGGGCCGAGACGAGUACCGCUCAUGAAGAGGCAGAGCAGAGGAAACCAAGGGGGAAGAAAGUCAACCAUCUCUAUUGUCGACGGACCCAAUCCGAGUUCCUUAAUUGUUUAAAAAGCCUAACUCCACGGCAGAAGGAAGCUGUUCGAGAACUAGGUUUCGGAGCUAUCCUGCAUUUCAAUAUAAAGGAAAUUCCGGGAUACCUAGCCUACUGGAAGGUGAAGCAGCCGAUUUCCCCCGGUGGCAAACUCGCCGAAUUCCUGAACUCGGUCUUCGCCGGCGGAAACAUGAAGAAGAGCAAAAUCGGCGGUGACUUGUCACCGUCGCUGAAAUCCACAAACGCAUCGACGUGCUCCUCCGCUUCGUCGUUCUCCCGAUCCUGCCUCAGCAAAACGCCGUCGUCUAGAGGCAACCACUCCGCCGGUGCAAAGAGAUCCGUGAGAUUAUCUCCGGUCAGCGUGAUUGUCGACGACGAUUGCCGCCACAAAUCACUACAAUCAGAAAUCAACAACAAAUCAUCACCAAAUCGCGACGUUACCACGAAGAAUCACAACAACAUGAACAUCAUCAGAAGCGUGAUCAACGAAGAGCUCAUGGUGCCCGUCAUGGAUCAAAACCGCCGCGUCGAGGAGGUGGCGAGAGAUCUGCUGAGGAAUAAUCAGAGGAAAAAUCAAAAUCCUCACGUCAAACACGAGGUUGUCGAUCGAAAUUUCGAUUAA